AGGCUUCAGCUCAAGCUUUGUGUGCUGCCCUUGCAACGCCAUGGCUUCGGCAAGUGAUGCCGCGCGAAAGCAUCCGAAUCUUUCAGAUGAGGACUUGCAGGAGUUUCAAGAGAUCUUCAACCUCGUCGAUACAGACCGAGGGGGCUCCAUUGGUACCGAGGAGCUUGCCAGGCUUAUGGACACGCUGGGUAUUCGCACCAGUCCGGAGGAGCUGAAGCUCAUGGUCUCCGAGAUCGACGAGAACGGCAAUGGAGAGAUCGACUUUGAGGAGUUCGUGCAAGUCAUGUGCAGGAAAGUCAACACAGACUACACAGCGGAUGAAGUCCGGAAGGCCUUCAAGGUGUUUGCGGGCACAGCACCGGAUGGCUGCAUUCGGGUGAAAGAUCUGGAGCAUGCGCUGCAGGUGUACGGCCGGGAAAAGCUAACAGCUGAAGAGGCCAAGAACCUUGUGGCUCAAAUCGAAAGUGUUGAUGGUUUUUUCAGAUAUGAUGAAUAUGUGACCAUGAUGAUGUCAGGGCAUUGAUCCUCCACUGAGUGGCAUGCUUGGUCAGUGCAGCAAGUAGGGCCCCAGGGUGCAGAGUGAAUUGCUGGCAGAACCUGGGUACGUAUCACAGCCUUUGUCAAAAUC